AUGAGUACAGCAGUCAACUUGAGAUCAUAUAACCCAGUGUUGAAAAAGUAUUUCGAUAAGCUUCCUCGUUUUACCUAUGGAAAAUCCCAACUAAAGAACCCUGAGGCAUGUCAACUCCUUCUAGAUAAAUUGAAUCUCAAACCUCAAUAUAAUUCUUCAAAAUUGGAUAUUAUAGAUGCUACUCCAGGAUUCGGACUAUUUUCAUCCAUGCUUAACCAGGAACUUAAACCAAGAAACCAUAUCUUGAUAGACAGGAAUGACGAGACUGUCAAGAGCUGGCAUAGAAAAAUACAAACUCUUCAAAACAAUACUGGUAACAAGGAAAAUUUCAAAUUCAUUGAUCGAGAUCCUUUUUCGUGGCACACCUAUUCGAGUUUAUAUAAAAAGGGAGUGAUACCGCCUACAGACUUCCAGCUGUAUGACAAGAUGCAUGAGGAAUUGUUGAUAAUAGCGAAUUGGACUGGGACUAAAGAUGAGGCAACAAUCGCCCAAUGGAUAGGAUGUUGCAGCUACCGUAAUUGGCUAAUGAAAUAUGGAAAGGUGAGAAUGAUACUAUUCGUGCCAUCUGUUACGGCUAUGAAAUUUCUAAGUGAGCCAGGGUUCAGAAAGAGAAAUAGAACUGCUUUAAAGAGAGAUUUAUAUACCGAUUCGAAGCUAAUCGGAAUUGGGCAAGAACUGGACGUUGUCGGAGAAGGUUACGAUCCCCGAGUUUUGGUUCGAGAUCAACCUGUUGUAAUCGAUAAGAGCUCAUUUAUUAGGAAUUCCUCAGUGGCGGUUGUUGAAAUAAUGCCGGGAAGGUACACAAAUGAUGCGAUUGCCAACAUUGAGCAUCUUUUGCUGGGAUUCUUUGUGACUAGUGCUUCCUUGGGAGAUCAGUUGCCCAAAUUAGCGGCAGGGGCGGAAUAUUUGCGCAACCUUCUUCCGGAGAAAAUUUUAGACAAAAGGGCAACUGAAUUUACUACAGAUGACGUAUUAGCAAUUGCCGAUGCUUACGAAAAGUGGCCCUUCAAACCUAGUGUUGAGGAAACAUUUGAUAUUGGGGAUGAGGAUUUCAAAUAG